AUGAUCGAGAUUGUCAUUUGGAACGACAAUGGCGAGUCGCAUUACAUCGGUGCUGGUUCAGAGACUGACAAACACACUGACGAUAGUUCGAGCGCCUAUGCCAACAACAUGCCACACGGUGGUUGGCUUGAGAUGGCGGAGCCUUACAUAGCUGCAUUCAAGGCUGGCACGAAAGUGCCGACCAUCACCGACGAGAAGCUUGUCUACUGGUACCACCAAAGUCCUAGGGCCACAUGUGGCGCCUUUGAUGGCAUCGAGACGCUCCAGGACUCCGUUUUCGUUGUGGCUCUGCCCAAGAGCGCUGGUACCAUCACUGUUACUUCGGGCGGAAACACCAAGACAUUCGAAGCAGCUGCAGGCGCCAGUGCUUACGAGAUCGAUAUGGGGGUUGGCAAGCAAACCUUUAGCCUUGCCCGUAGUAGCGGCGAUGUCUUUAGAAGUACUGGUAUUCUCGAGAUUUCGAAUAAUUGCGGCCCUACUACCCUAAAUGCCUUUGUCGGUACUGCUAAGAGUAGUGUAAUACUAUGA